CAUAUGUUAUUGUACAAUCUUUACUGUAUUCACUUUGGAGAUCCUAAAAAAUUAAAAAUGAUACUUCUAAUUUUGUAAAUAGAGAUUUAAAAAACAAAUGUGUCUUAAAAAGUUAAGAUUGAAUAGAAAAAAGAUUCCUUGAAAAUAAUUUCGGACAAUUGAAGACUUCAGUAAUGACUUACCUACUCCUACCAUCAUCUUCAGUCUUCAUCAACUUACUCUAGCAAGAACACAAAAACAAAAACAAAAACAAAACCAAAAUUUUGAAAUUCCCAAUUUUAGCAAUCAAAUUGAAGAGCUUCAUCAAUGACUUAGCUUCCUAGUACCUACCAUCAUCUUCUCACACUUCCUGAUCUCUUGUUGCUAUCUCUAAUCUCUAUCUCGAUUAUCUCCUCUUCCCUCUUAGUCUCUUCACUCUCAAUUACUCCACCACCGUGUAAUUUCAGUUCAGUUCAGUUCAGUUUCUCUCAGUCUAAAAGAACGGGACUAAGUAUGAGACCGCCAAGUAGCAAGAAGUUCUCUAAGAAGUCCCGUUUUUUCCAGCCUCUCGUCCCCAACUUCAAAACCAAUUUUGUAAUUCCAAAAUCCUUCCAUACACAUCUACAAGUUGAUGAAACGAAUCGAGACAAACGGAAGUGUGUGAUUUUAUAUGAUAGCAAAUCAACUCAGCCAUGGUUUAUUGAGGUUGAAUUUCCCAGGUUUAACUUCAAAAGUGGGUGGGAAAUAUUUUGCGAAGAUCAUAACCUACAAAUAGGUGAUUUUGUGGUGUUUAAACACCAAGGAAACUGGGUUUUCGACGUUUUAAUCUAUGAUCCUAGUGGUUGUGAACGUGAAUUUCCAGCUUUUGAUGUUGAUUUAUCUAAAGCUAAGGUGAAACCCUCCAAAAUUCCAAGAGAUUGUGAUAUCGGUACUUCACGUGAUAAUAUCAAAGGGUUGGAGAAUAUGGGAAAUGAGGAAGAUCAGAAAUCAACGGUAACCUUCGAACCAACUCGUCGUCCAUAUUUCCGUGAUGUUGUCAAUAAAACUUCCCUUGCUAGUGGUGACAUAGAGAUUCCAAGGGAAAUUGCCUACGAAAUUGGGAUAGGAAGGAGAAGGUUCAACUUCAUGUUGGUAGACGAGGAAGGGAAACAAUGGAAAAUGGGACUAAGGUACAGUUUGAAGUGCCAAAAGCACUAUAUUUACAGAUGGCCUUCUCUUUAUAAAGCUUAUGGCUUAAAGAUUGGCCAGUCUGUGGGUUUUGAGCUUAUUAAGUCCAAUGGAAACACAAACACUACCAUGAAAUUCUAUAGUAAGUAGUGACUAGUGAAUUCUUCUUGCAAGGUUUACACUUAUUACUCGCAUGAAGAAAUUGUGUUGCAGGCGAAAUUGUUAGAUGGUUUUGUAAUCUGAUUUUUAAGACCCCUCUCUGGAUUGUUGAUUGUUGUAAUGGAAGUUUGCAAGUAGUAAUGAAAGCCGAAUGGCAGGCAGUUAGUAUGA